AAAUAGGCAAAUCUCAAAGUGCUGCGCGAUCAGCCAUUGGCCGAUUCACCAGAGCGAGAUUGGGCCGCAAAAAAAAAAAAUUAUCAGAUUGAGAAUCAGGGUGGAGGAAAAGAAAUUAGGCAGCGGGAGAGAAAGGCACUGAGAAAAAGAAAGAGGCAGGCACUGACGGCUGGCCCGCUUCAUUAAAUAUCAAAAACGUCCAAGAAAGAACGCAAUUUGGGAAACCAUAAACUCACACAGAAAAGGGGGAAAAGGAUCAUCCGUCAUUUCACCUCAAAUAUUUUAAAAUCUGCUGCGGCUACCCCUGUCACCUGUCCUGCCAUGCCCCGCUCAUUCCUCGUCAAGAGUAAGAAGGUUCAUACCUACAGUCAAUACCAGCGCUUUGCAGAGGACGAGUGCAUCAUGCCACCCGCCUGCACAGAUGUGUUGCUGUUGCCGUCAGAGGAAGUGAAGGGUCCAGAAAAUGCUAAGCAGACCCACUACUCAGGAUUCACCUUCAUUAAGCAGGAACACAAUCCAAUGAGUCUGAUGAAGACCGAAGAGCAAUCAAGAGAUAGGAACCCUUAUGAUCGUGAUAUCACGUGCAGUCCAGGCCAUCCCUCCCAACUGUACUACAAGCCAUCCUUCCCUUGGGAAUCCUUGCAGUCCGCCUAUGAUCUUCAUCAGCUUUCCUGCAACUUUCAGUCUGGUCUCCUUCAACACGCCAGCAGCAUCUACCAGAGCCACCUCAAGGGGGAACAAAGUGCCCAGUCACCUCUGGAUUUUAACACCCGCUACUCCCCAAGCUCGGAGACAUAUCAUUGUAUCACCUGCAGCAAGAUGUUCUCAACACCACAUGGGCUAGAGGUCCACGUGCGGAGGUCACACAAUGGCUCUCGACCUUUCAGCUGCAGCAUCUGUCGGAAGACUUUUGGUCACACGGUGAGCCUGGAGCAGCAUAUGAAUGUCCAUUCACAGGAGAGGAGCUUUGAGUGCAAAAUGUGCGGCAAGACCUUCAAGCGUUCGUCCACUUUGUCCACUCACCUGCUGAUUCACUCGGACACUCGGCCCUACCCCUGUCAAUACUGCGGGAAGCGAUUCCACCAGAAGUCCGACAUGAAGAAACACACAUUCAUCCACACUGGUGAGAAACCCCACAAAUGCCAGGUGUGUGGAAAAGCCUUCAGCCAAAGCUCAAACCUCAUCACUCACAGCCGCAAGCAUACUGGAUUCAAGCCUUUUGGCUGCGAACUGUGUGGCAAAGGCUUCCAGCGUAAGGUGGACCUGCGGCGGCACCAUGAGAGCCAGCACAGCCUCAAGUGAGGGGUGGCAGGCACGAUAAGGUGGUGAUGGUGGUGUAUUUUUUGGGGUGGGGGGUUGGCAUUUGGGGGUCACUGAACAAGAUGGACAGCUUGGACUCUCCCCAACACCAGAAACCCACAGGACUAGAGACUGCAUGCCAGCCUUGAAACCAGGCUGCCAGGUAGUGGUGCCAGUUUGUAGACAUGUUUAAUGGGGUUCUCCCAGAAUAGGAUGAUGCCCAACUGGAGUCACAUAAGGAUGUGAAAGACUCUUUUAACUUAAAUAAGCAAAGUCGUGUGCUUUGAACUGUGUUAAGAGGGGCGAAGUGCCCAAAAGCAACCUCUACUGAAUGUGGACAACUUCAGCUCUACACGUGAAAAUUGUAAUAAACUCACUUCUGAUACAA